UAUGUGGAAACUGGAAAGGAAGUUGUAACUCGUUCUCGUUUACUCGACGUGACUAUUUACGUGCCAGGCGGUAGUAUGACACUGGCCACUUGGAAAUCAUAUCAAUAUUAUUGUUACGAGAUGACAGUAAUUCAAUCUAAAUAUUGAACAUACCUACCUAGUAAUGAAUAACUAAUAAUGUUGAUUAUGAUUUAGUUGUAAGACGCGAAUAGUAAAUCCUCGAUAUGAUAAACAUUUCAAGACUUAAAGUGCUGUGACAUUGAAUUUCGUUAAAAAUAAAUAAAAAUUAUAUAGAUAAUUAAUAUAAAAUGUCUGCCUUUCCGCAAGUCAAGGGUUACCAAAUAAUUAAAAAUAUCGGAAAAGGAAGCACGUCAACUGUGUAUCUAGCUCAUGUCAAGGAGAAAACCAAAAAUAUGGUUGCAAUAAAAGUUAUAGAACGCAGUAAAUUAUCCAAGAGUGCAGAGGAUGCUGUAGUAACUGAAAUAGGAGUGAUGAAAAAAUUUAAACAUAAACAUAUUGUUCAAAUGAUUGACUUUAUAUGGGAUCGUAAAAAUAUUUACAUUAUACUGGAACAUUGUGAUGGUGGUGAUUUGUCAACAUUUAUUAAACAACGUAAAAGACUAUCUGAAAAAGUAUGUCGUAAAUUCAUGCAACAAUUAGCCUUGGCUCUGCAAUUCUUAAGAUCUCAUAAUGUUUGUCAUCUUGAUCUCAAACCUCAAAAUUUACUACUUAUGAGGUCACCACAACUAACUUUGAAAGUUGGAGAUUUUGGCUUAGCAAAUUUUAUGAGUGAAAAAACUCAAAUGGAAAAUAUUCGUGGUUCACCUCUAUAUAUGGCUCCUGAAAUGUUAUUACACAAUCGAUAUGAUGUUAAAGCGGAUCUUUGGUCAGUUGGAGUGAUUGCUUAUGAAUGUAUAUUUGGACGUGCUCCGUACGCUUCAGAUUCUAUAAAAGAUUUAUGUGAGAAGGUUAAAAAAGUCUUACCAAUAGAAAUACCACCUAAUCAAGUCAGUUCAGAGUGUAGAGAUUUAUUAUUGGGUCUUCUCAAACACAACCCAUCUGAGCGAAUGAGUUAUCACCAGUUUUUUAAACACCCAUUUGUAGAUUUAGAUCAUAUGCCUACUACUGAAUCAUAUGCUAAAGGACUUGAAGCUAUUCACCAAGCAGUACAACUAGAUUCUGAAAAGCAAUAUAAAGCAGCAUUUAGUAAAUAUUGCAUAGGUCUGCAGUAUUUAAUUCCUUGUUCCCAAAAUGAACCUGAUAAAAUUAAAAAAGAAGCAUUCCAAAUAAAACUAAAUGAGUACAUUAAGCGCGCAGAAGAAUUGAAAGCUACUUUAUAUGUUUCAAAGAUCAAAAUUAGUAGUGAAGAAAAAGCAGACAACUCUUCAACAUCAUAUGAAGACAGUUAUCCAACAUUAACAUCAUUAUGUCAAAACACACCUCAAUUAGCCAAUGCUGUAGAAAUUGCACUAUCUGGUCAAAUGUAUCUAGUUGAAGGACAAUAUGAAGCAGCCUUAGAGAAAUAUACAAUUGGUUUGAAUUUAUUAGAAAAGCUUCUAGAGAAAGAACCUCCGGGUAUCCGAUAUAAUUUACUUAUCAAACAGGUGACUGAUUGGACAAGCCAGUGUGAAAAUGCUAGAUUAUUAUUACAGUCCAAGGAUCAAAAAGUUAAUGAUCAACCUAUUGAUGUUCCUGAUGGAUUUUCCCCAAUAUCCAAAGGUAAAACAGAUAAGAAGUCUCCAAAAUUAUUCCGUGUUGUUAGUAGACUAGUUCUAAGAACAAAUAAUAGAAGUAGCUUAUCCCCUGAAAAAAAAUAGAACUUUACUAUUUACAUUAAUUUUUUUAACUAUUAUAUAGUUUUUUUUUUAUAUAAUAAUAUUUCAUACUAUAUUUGCAGGUAAGUGCCUGUUAAUGAGUUGCGCAUGUUUGAUUUUAAGUGUUGGCAUUGUUUAUAUGUCAAAUUAUUCUAAUUAAAUUAAAUAAAUAUUAUUUGUGAAUUAAGAGGAUACAACAGUAACAAUUUUUAAGAGGUUUGACGUAUAGAUUAUUAUUUCAAAACAUAAAGUGAAAUGAAAAUUAUUACAAUAUUUUUUCAACUUUUUUUAGUAUUUAAACAUUAUUCAUUGAUAGCAUCUGUGACUCUGGAUCAUUUUCUUCUCUUAAUCCUAAUACUUGUAUGAAACUAUUUCUUGUGAAACAUUCAAAAUUGUAUGCUAUAUGAAAAGAGUAGCUGAUGAACCUUGUUGCCUCUUUAAAAUCCUUGCAUUGAAAAUUAUAAACUUUUUAAUUUUAAAAUAAAAUGUUACAUACAAAACACUUAAUAUUUCAUUUGAUAUUAUACAGAGAUAAAUAACUAGUUGUGGUAUUAAUAAUAUGUAUCUCAGUUAGAAAAAGUUAUUGUUGCAAUCCCUUAAUCUUAGGAUCUGUUUUUUUUUAAUCUGAUUUUAUGUUUUUUUAUCAAGAAGACUGAAAAUCAUGUUAAAUUGUUAAAAUAUGAUUAAUCAAUGUAAAAGUUAUAUUAAUAUUUUACAAAUAUGUUCAAUU